AUGGGCAACAGGCAAGAAGUGAGAGAGGUGGGCAUCACCCUGGAGGUACAACACAAGGUUGUGGAAGACCAAGGGAAGAGGGCUCAGUCCGGCCUGAAAGGAGAGAAGGCAGAGCCAGAAAGAGUCAUCUUUGGCACACAGGCUGGGAAGCAGACAGGACACACAGCUGGUUUUGUGACCUUGUCCCUGCUCCAGGGCUCCUUUCUGAAUGUCAGUCACAGUGUGGAGCCCGGCAACAGGACAGACAUCUCUGAGUUCCUCCAGGGAUUUUCUGGCUACCCAGUCCUGCAGCACCUGCUGUUCCCUCUGUGCUCAGCUAUGUACCUGGUGACCCUGCUGGGGAAUGCAGCCAUCGUGGCGGUGAGCAUGCUGGAUGCCCGCCUGCACACACCCAUGUACUUCUUUCUGGGCAACCUCUCCAUUCUAGACAUCUGCUACACAUCCACCUUCGUGCCUCUAAUGCUGGUCCACCUCCUGUCAUCCCAGAAGACCAUCUCCUUUAUUGGAUGUGCCAUCCAGAUGUGUCUGAGCCUGUCCACAGGCUCCACAGAGUGCCUGCUGCUAGCCAUCAUGGCCUAUGACCGCUACCUGGCCAUUUGCCAGCCACUCAGGUGCCCUGUGCUCAUGAGCCACAGGCUCUGUCUGCUGCUGGCGGGAGCCGCAUGGGUGCUGUGCCUCCUCAAGUCAGUGACAGAGACAAUCAUCGCUAUAAGGCUCCCCUUCUGCGGUCACCAUGUGGUCAGACAUUUCACCUGUGAGAUCCUGGCUGUGCUGAAGUUGGCUUGUGGUGACACACCAGUCAGUGAGGCCUUCCUGCUGGUGGGUGCCAUCCUCCUACCGCCUGUACCCCUGACCUUCAUCUGCCUGUCCUACACAUUAAUCCUGGCCACCAUCUUGAGGGUGUCCUCAGCCAAUGGGCGCUGAAAAGCCUUCUCUACCUGCUCAGCACACCUGGCUGUGGUACUGCUUUUCUAUAGCACCAUCAUCUUCAUGUACAUGAAACCAAAGAGCAAGGAGGCCCGCAUCUCUGACCAGGUCUUCUCGGUCCUUUAUGCUGUGGUCACACCUAUGUUGAAUCCCAUCAUCUAUAGCCUGAGGAACAAGGAGGUGGAGGCUGCCAGGAAAGUUUGGGGCACAGGUCUUAGCUAA